GCAGGUUUUUUCUGCAGGCGGCACGGGCAACCCCGUUUCUCUGCCAUUUUGCUGGUUGCUUGACAAGGAGCUCCAAUAAUCAAUAAGAAUGGCAGACGCCCCAUCACGAGGUGGGUUCGGCUCACGCGGCAGCGGACGUGGAGGUCGCGGAGGGCGCGGCAGGGGCCGAGGACGCGGCCGGGGACGCGGCAAGGAGGACCAGAAGGAGUGGGUGCCAGUGACGAAGCUGGGUCGCCUGGUGCGCGACGGCAAGAUCCGCACGCUGGAGGAGAUCUAUCUGUAUUCGCUGCCCAUCAAGGAGUUCGAGAUCAUCGACUUCUUCCUGGGGCCGUCCCUGCGCGACGAGGUGCUGAAGAUCAUGCCCGUGCAGAAGCAGACACGUGCUGGUCAGAGGACGCGCUUCAAGGCGUUCGUGGCCAUUGGUGACCACAAUGGACACAUUGGGUUGGGCGUGAAGUGCAGCAAGGAAGUGGCCACGGCCAUCCGCGGGGCCAUCAUCCUCGCCAAGCUGUCCGUGGUGCCUGUGCGACGCGGCUAUUGGGGCAACAAGAUCGGAAAGCCACACACUGUGCCCUGCAAGGUCACCGGAAAGUGCGGCUCAGUGUCUGUGCGCCUCAUCCCUGCUCCCCGCGGUACUGGCAUCGUGUCGGCGCCUGUGCCCAAGAAGCUCCUCAUGAUGGCCGGCAUUGAGGAUUGCUACACGUCUGCCCGCGGCUCCACUGGCACUCUGGGCAAUUUCGCGAAGGCCACGUACGCCGCCAUCGCCAAGACGUACGCCUACUUGACGCCCGACCUGUGGAAGGAGAUGCAGCUGGGCAAGACGCCGUACCAGGAGUACGCCAACUUCCUCGCGGAGACAAACAAGGGCAUCUCCGGACGGCAAAUCGAGGUGUAAAACAAGAGACAUUCUCAGUUGUGGAGGAGAAUAAACAAGAUGAAGAAAGAA